AUGAUAACACGUUAUCCUUCUCAUCCUCUUCUUCUUGUUCAUCACAAUCCAUCACCCUUCGAAUCUCUCACUUUGCCACCACAACGCUCACAUCAUGUUCGAACAUUAUUACUACCCAAAACGCUGUCGUGUCACCUCUCUCCAUCACACAACACUUUCAGUUCCAAACCUUUGCAUUUUGCUCUAUCCGGUGCCCUCUCACUUUGUUUAUUAUUCGGAGGUGCUGAAAUAGCCGAGGCAGCAAAAGUUGGUGUCAAUAAGCCAGAAUUGCUUCCUAAAGAGUUUACUACAGUCAUUGAUGUUGCCGGAUUCCUCUCCGAUGGUCAGGAGAAAAGACUAGCACAAGAGAUUUCUGCUCUUGAAAAAGAUACUGGAUACAAGUUGAGAGUCUUGGCCCAGAACUAUCCGGAUACUCCAGGUUUGGCUGUCAAAGAUUUCUGGCAAGUAGAUGACAGUACAGUUGUUUUUGUUGCUGAUCCCACAUUUGGCAAUAUACUGAAUUUCAACGUUGGUGCUUCAGUAGAUUUGGACAUCCCGCGUAGUUUCUGGAGUCGUUUGGCAGGCAAGUAUGGGAACAUUUUCUAUUGGAGGGAGAAGGGGGAAGAUGCAUCUAUUGAAUCAGCAGUCAUGGCAAUUUCAAAUUGCUUGAGAGAACCAGUUGGGCCUAAUAAUUGUUCAGAGGUGAAAUAA